ACGCUCCGCACGGAGUCAGACGGGAGGGGGUGGGGGAAGUCUCCCCGCCUCCUUUUCUUUUUUUUCGGAGGAGAGUGGUAAGGUUUACACCCCUCUGACCGGAAGAGGGCGCUGCCACUGCCGCGCGCGCCUCAGCAGCCCCUCUCGUCAAAUUUCCCGUGGUGCCCGGCGCGGCGCGGGGGCGCUCUGGCGCUUUCUCUCUGUUGCCGGAGGUGGUUGGUGGCCUUUGGAGACUGUGCUGCCCAGCGCUUCCCCUCCCCGUCCUCCUCCUCCUCCUCCUCACCCCGUCGCCUUCCGCGGGUCUUCAGCAGCCCCGCUCCCCGAUACCGCCAUGUCGUGCAACUACGUGGUGACGGCACAGAAGCCCACGGCCGUCAACAGCUGCGUCACCGGUAAUGGCGGGAGGGGGGUGCCGUGGGAAAAAAGCGGGGGGAGGGGAGGCGCGGGCGGAAGAAGUCGGUUAGGGGGCGGUUAACGGCCCGCGGUGCGUGGAGGGGAAGCCCAAAGCGAGGAGGGCCGCGUGGAGGGGGAGGAUCGGCGGCGGCGGGAGGAGCAGCUUCCCCUGCGGCCCCGGCAACUUCGCAAUGUUUUGUCUCGGGCCCAGGACACUUCACCUCCGCGGAGGACCUGAACUUGCUCAUCGCCAAGAACACCCGCCUGGAGAUCUAUGUGGUCACUGCGGAAGGGCUGCGGCCCGUCAAGGAGGUGGGCAUGUAUGGCAAGAUCGCCGUCAUGGAGCUCUUCCGGCCCAAGGUGAGCUUUGCUCUUAGGGACGAGCUGCGGGCGAAUUUUGCACCCAGAGUCUUUUGCUUGUGUCCUGGAGCUGGAUGGCCGCAACCAAAUACUGUCCCGGCAUCGGGGUCCACAUGACCUUCUCCUUCCAGCUGUUUGUUUGUUUGGCUGGCUUGUACCAGCUGUUCAGAGUUGGUGCUUAGUAUGCACCUUUUAAUAGGCUCUGCAUCUCCCCAUUGUGCAGUGUUACUACUAGCUACAACAACUUAAAAUUCAGAAUUAAAAACAGCCAAAACAGAGGGGCCCCUGCCUGCUAGCUGUUUGAACUGCAUGUUUUCUUAUAUUCCAAUAAUACGCGGGAAGAGUUGUUUCAGUUCUGCUUUGAGGGUGCCUUUGAAAAGCAUGUUUGCUUUUAUGGUAUGACUGUGUCCUCACAACUAGUGACUAGGCUGAAUUUGGUACGUAAGGGUGAUGUGCUCAAUGCCACUUUGCCAUGAGCUGAUGUGCAUUCAUGUUUGGUCCAUUCAUGUUUAAUAUAGUUGUGAUUGGACUUUGAAGACUGCUAUUUCCAAAGUGGCUUCCUUUUCGUUGCUGCUGAGGAGAUCAGUCCUGGGAACUCAUUCCACCUUCGACUGAUCUCUGGAGGGAGGAGAUAGAUCUGGCUCUGCCAGCCUGUCAGAGGCUUCAGCAACUACCCUGACUCUACCUAGCCUUCCAGCUAGCCCCAGUAACUCCCUGUUAAAAGAGCAAUGCCUUGUGGAACAUUGUGGAGCAUUUGGGGCAAGAUGGAUGUCAUCCAUUAACUGAAGUUUUCUAGGAACCUUCAGAAAUGGUGAUUGAGUUUUUAAUGGUCUUUCUAAUUCACCAUGCAUCUACCUGGCAUCCAAAUAAAAUUGACAGAACUACACUUUGAAUUUCAGGAGGUACUCAGGCUAAAGUCAGUGCAGCUGUUGUCCAUCAUAGAAAGAAGAAAUGCUAAAUGGAAAACAAACCACACAAUGAAGAGUUUUCAAAGCAUUAGUUUACAUCACAAGUUUUUUAUUUGUAUUAUAAAUUGUAAACUGCUUUGUGUUUCUGUGGGAAAAGUGGAGUGUAAAUCUUCUAAAUAAAUGAAAGGUUAAAUAUGUUCUCUGGUCCAAGGUGUGGUUGAGGAGGCUUUUUCAGUUGAAUCCUUUUUGGCAAGACUUUCUAAUUGUAUUGUUUCUCCUAAGGGGGAGAGCAAGGAUUUGCUCUUUAUUCUGACAGCAAAAUAUAAUGCCUGCAUCCUUGAAUACAAACAAAGUGGGGAGAGCAUUGACAUUAUCACCCGAGCCCAUGGCAAUGUGCAGGUAAGCGGGGAGAUUGACUUAGGACUGCUUAACAUUGUUGUGUAUUUUUGUGUAACUAUAGCCUAUAUUCCAAAAAGCUAAUAGUCCAUGUUCAACCUAAGGAACGAUGCCGUUCAGGUAACCAUUCUUGUUGUGCUACAUCUAACAAUCUGCUGGGUAGAUAACUGAACAGGCCAUCUCCUCAGCACUUUUCCGUUGGGGUUUGAGUCUUGGUCUCCUUCUACCGAUUUACUGUUACAGUGUAUUUUCUUUUGAUGACUGUCAUGUGCUUGUAGCUCUGCUUGUUUACAGCACCACUUGUAUAAUGUUCAUAUUUAUUUGACUCUUUUUACUCAUCCAGCUUUUCAUGCUGUCCAAAAUCAAACCUACAUUUUGCUGUCUGAUCCCAACAGUCAUUAUGAACCUGCGCUCUAUGACUGAAUUCUGUCCUGCAGAAAGCUGAUAUUUGCACAGUGAUGAGUACGUGCAGGAGGGGAAAUAGGGGUAGGGCUGUUGCCUUCAUUCCGUGGACUUUUUGAAGGUAUCUGGUUGGCCACUCAUUGGAGCUGGAGAAGGGGGCCAGGGAUCAUGCCAACACUUGUGUUGUGCUUCUGAGGCUGUCUGAACUCCUUUUCAACUGCUGGGAGAACUGGGACUUGUUUUUGUCAUGCUCUGAUACGGAGCCAUUUGGAGCAGCUUAGACACACACCACAACUUUGUUUUUUGCAGUCUUUGGAUAAGGACUAGACCAAGUGAAAAAUGAAUAGAAGAUUUUAGCUGCAGUUCAUUCAUUUUCAGCUUUUUAUUCUUGUUAUAAAAAAGCACGCUUAGACAUUCCAUUGCUGCACCCAUAACCUAGGUUUAAGGUGUCAUUUAGCUUCUAGCUUUCAUAGCUCAGUUUCUAACACUGGAAGCCUUCAUUGGCCUCCUCAAAUCUAUUUCAAAUCGAUAUGAGAAAGGGGGGCUUAGUGAAAAUUGCCUCCUACUGGGUCAAAGAUGCCUCUGCUGGAUCAACAAGCCACCUGUGAAUGGAAAGACAGCACAGAAAUACAGCCCAGUAUUUCUUUACAGCAUGAGGACAAUCUUUACGAGGAGCUGUCAUACAGCAGAAGAUUCUGCUUGUGUUAAAGGGCAAAGAGCAGACUGGUACUUUUUUCAAAUACAGCUAAUACAGGGGUAACACAAUACAGAAUUGGAAAGUAUGGACUGAGCAUGCACAAACUUACUAUAUAAAGCAUCUAGUUUAACAAUGAAAGGCAGAACCCAUCAUUCAUUUGUCACAUAUUUAAACUGGCAAUAUUUGUCUGACACUGAUUAUAAGGCAUAGGAAUACCAACAGAGAAAAUAUUAGCGCUGGUAGAAACAGGGUACAGCUGAACAGUGUAUGUUGUAGGAAAAACUUUUUCAAACUUGAAGUAGAAGAAAUCACUAGCUAGUGUACAAAAGCCAAUUUGAUAGAUUUCAGAGGGCUCCAUCCUGCACAUUUCACUGAAACUGCAACAUCAGACAUGAAGCUUGCUGAAAUGGUUUUCCCUGUUUUCUUCUAGGAUCGAAUUGGUCGUCCCUCAGAGACAGGUAUAAUUGGUAUAAUUGACCCAGAGUGCAGGAUGAUAGGACUGCGACUCUAUGAUGGCCUCUUCAAGGUCAUUCCUCUGGAACGGGAAAAUAAGGAAUUAAAGGCGUUUAACAUACGAUUGGAGGAGUUGCAGGUCAUUGAUGUCAAGUUCCUGUAUGGGUGCCAGCCUCCAACCAUCUGUUUCGUUUACCAGGUACCAAUAUUGGGUCUGUGUGUUGUAAUGGAAAUUGCUGGCAGAGCAAGUGGUGGCCAGUAGUCUCGGAACACUUUUUGAUUCAGGGCUAUUGCUAAUGUCUAGGUUUUUGUAUCUGUCAAAGCACACUUGUAAAAAGCAAAACAUUUUGUGUGUGUUUGUGAUAUUUCACAGUUUUUAUUAUUUGUAGACUGCAAAACUUGUCCCUUUUUAUAUCGGUAUUCUGUUUUCUGCAUUACAUCAUAUGAUAUCAUUAUCUGUUUUCUGCAUUACAUCGUAUGAUAUCAUCAACUGAAUGGCCUGCUUAUGUGACAAUCCUGCUUUAAAAGCUUUUAAUCAUGAUAUUUCUUUUUCCUGUAUCAAGUUGGCUUGCUUUAUUGUUGUUCAGGCACUUUCUAUUCAUCUGGGGGUAGGGAGAUCCAUCUGUGAGACAUAACUCCCAUCACAUGGGUUAUUCAUAAAAUAGCAAGAUCUGACAGUAUUAAUAUUUCCAGCUUAGUAUAACGAUGUUGCUGCCCUAUUUCCCAGUGAACCAUGCAUUCUUGUGUAAUGGUUGUUAGGCAACAUGUCUGCCAACAAACUGUUUAAUAUAACGUAGCCAAUGUUUUUCACAGUAAUGAGAGGCAUGUGUUUUAGCUCUUCAUUCUUGUAUAAGGGAUUUAAAAUUGUUUACAAAAGUGGGAUGGGAAUUUUUUUAGGGCUGUGUAUGGCCUCCCUCAUCUGAUUUGUCUUAUCUGGUGCUUCCAGCUAGCCCUGAUCCAGCCCCCAGAACAAAUUGGGAGCCUUUACAGGUUUUAAUUUAAGAUUGGCUCCUUCUCUUCUUCCCCUUUCCAUGCUGAGUUACAGUUUAAAAUCCUGAUACUUUUAGAUGGUGUGUGUGUGAGAGAGGAAACCCUUGCAAGCUGCAUCUCCUGCUCUCCUCAUGUUGGCCCAAUAAAAUAUCAGCACAUAUUUUUCUUGCCUUAUUGGUGUAGAUAAGAAUCCUUCCUUGUACCCAUCCUUGGCUUCAGUGUGUAUGUGCCACAUAAUAUUAGAGCUUGGUUUGCUACCAUGCCAACUGAAAAUGCUUAUUCAUUGCAGUGAAGUUGGAGCAGAGUUAUUUUAUUUUUACUUCCACUUGAGAUGCCACUGUUUGGUAGACAAAAUGUCACAUCCUUGUUUAGUUCAGAAUAAUGACCAGCUCCAGGUUCCAUAUUCCUUGUCACAAAUCUGGAUUUUUCAAAACUGUUAGCCAGGAGUGGGUGGGGUGAAAUGGAUGCUUUUCAGUAAACACAAUUUCAAAGAUCCCUUGGACAGGUAGAACUGGUUGUGUGGAUCCAAGCCACUGCACUUUUUUUAAAAAAAAAUGUGUUCUUAUUAUAGAACAUAGACAUAAAAUCAUAGAGUUGGAAGGGACCCCAAGGAUCAUCUAGUCCAACCCACUGCAAUGCAGAGAUCCCAACACACAGUCCCUCAUCCAAUUUGAAACCAUACUGGACCCUGUUUAGCUUUGCAAAUGUGCUAGCAGUUUUAUUGCUGCACCACUAGGACAAUGCAGAUCACACCAGUGAUAGAAAAUACACUUAAUCCUUUUCAGCAAUACCUAUAUAGAAAUGGAAGGUUUUGGUUGAAAUAAUGAGAACUCAGUUUUGGACCUCCAGACUAUGUCCUCCUCAAAUUUGCUCCUAAGGGUUGGGGGAACCCUCUGGAACAGAUUUAUUUGUGCCAUUCAUGACAAUACCUGUUGUUUCCAUCUCUAGGAUCCCCAGGGCCGGCAUGUCAAGACAUAUGAAGUGUCUUUACGUGAGAAGGAGUUUAACAAGGGACCCUGGAAACAGGAGAAUGUGGAGGCUGAAGCCUCCAUGGUGAUUGCAGGUCAGUUCAUCUACAUAAAAUAUCUUUAUCUGUAGAUGCUUAAAAAUAAGCUUGCAGCUUCCUGCGUGUAGAAAAAGCAGCAUUUUUUUUCUUAUCUCAGAAGUCAACUGUGUAUACUUCUCAAGAAUAUUCCCUGUAUCUUCUCCUGCAGUCAUCUUGUAGCAUCUGCUUCCCAUUCUCCUGGUGGGAUUCAUGUUGCAGUGGAGCGUCUUACUUUCCUACUCACUAAUUCUCCAUAUUUGUUACCUUUUGUGCCCAUUACUUCUUGCAGUAGUUAGCCAUAUAUCUCUGUCCUAGUAGGAUCUUGUUUCAGCCCUGGUAAAUUAUCUCUAGCCACUGCUCAGACUUAACGAUUUCAGUUGCCUAGAGGUUAAAAAAAAACAGCAGUUGCUUCUUGUAUAGCAACCAUCAGGUACAAUAUAAUGGGGAAGCUCUGUGCACCAGAGCUUCCAAUUUUCUUGAUUAUGCUGUAGCAUCUUUAUAGUUCAGCCCAAAUGAAAUCACAUAAAUCCUGCAAUUCAUUGAAGUGGCUUAUAAGAGCAUCGUGUUCUCCCCUCUUGUACAGCUUUGCAAAUGAUGACAUAUGGAGCAUUAGUCACUGCAUUGCUUCUCCUUUCCAAAUCUGGCUCCAUGACACUGUAAUGGCUUUGCUUCUCUCUCUCCCUCUUUCUCUCUGGGGAACCGGGUUCACGUCUCCACUCCUCCACAUGCAGCUGCUGUGUGACCUUGGGCUAGUCACACUUCUCUGAAGUCUCUCAGCCCCACUCACCUCACAGAGUGUUCGUUGUGGGGGAGGAAGGGAAAGGAGAAUGUUAGCCGCUUUGAGACUUCCUUAGGGUAGUGAUAAAGCAGGAUAUCAAAUCCAAACUCCUCUUCUUUUUCUUCUUCUCUCUCUCCCUCUUUCUCUCCCUCUCCCGCUCCUCUCUCUGUCUCUGCUUUAAAAAAUGUUUUUAAUGGUUUUCAGAUUUGCUUCUCAUUUAACAAGAAGUCCAAAAGCAACUAGGCUUUUGAGGCUACAAGAGGGAAGAGAAAAUGAGCCAUGUGUGGCUGCAUCAGCACUACCCAGUAUACUUACAGGGCAAACCUGUAAAUUGUAACACAUGGCUUGUUUUCCUUGUAAGCAUAACAUAAUGGCACAUUCUGGUGGGUGUGUUAACACAGCAUGGUGGAGCAUGGAGUCCCUAUAGCUCCUGAAUAUUUCAGGUGCUUGCUUGUUUCAGGAUUUGAAUGUCUUUGAUUCUAUCUCUCUAUGGCUUUCUGAGAAACAGAAGAGUGGGUUAGAAAGAGAAGCUUGAGACUUAGAAACUCUGUUUGGUUGUUUACCACAGUACAUAAAGACUCAAACUGCAUCCAGUGUCCCCAGGAUGCUCUUCAGAUUUACCAAUGCUUAGGAACAUCCCUCUGAGUGCAAAGAUCUGAAGAAAACCACAUGCCCUAGGAUAUUGUGGGUGGGACUUGUGCAUGUCCACCCCCCAGUUUAACCCUUUGUUUGAUCAGCCAACUUCCUAGACAAAGCUACAGAGCCAACUGGAUGUGCAAGUUGAUAAGAAUCUUAAGGAUAGAUCAGGAUAUACUGUAUUUUUCUGUGUAUAAGACUAUAUUUCCCCCCUAUUUUUUCAAGUUUAAAAUUGAGGGGGGGGGGUCGUCUUAUACAUGGAUAGUGCAUAUGUGGGAUUUCUUCAUUUGGAGUCCCAAAAAAUAGGGGGCGUGUUAUACAUGGGGGCAUGUUAUACAUGGAAAAAUAGGUUCACCUGGUAGCUUUGUGAGAGGCCUGCAAAGAAUAUGUAAACUUAACUUGUUUUCUUGCCGGCCUAUAUUUAAUGUGGUGUAAUAAGGCUGUCCAAAAGUGAAUUCAGUUGCAAGAUGAAAAACUCAUUGUGAAAUAACAGCUGCACUUGUUGCUCCUAAUAGAUAUCACUAACAUUAUGCAACCAGAUAUAUGUUUAGCAUGUUGACUUCCUUAAAUUCCUCUCUUGGUUUGUUACUUCUCUCUUAGUCCUUGGUGUAUGUGUUCACUCUACUUACAAACUGCUUUGUUCCCUUGAAAAGGUGGCUGUCUUUCUGUGGUCAACAGGAGAUUCUGUGUGUAUCAAACUGCAGUUAGGUGAGAAUAUAAUUAAGUGCACAAAAAGCAGAGAUGGGAGGAUCCCAUACAGAAUAAGAAGAAAGGGGAAAGGGAGUUCUUUUAUUUAUUUACUUACUUACUAGAAUCUCUUUUCUUGCUGAAUAUUCCUUUCUUCUGUUUGUGAUGCUUAAAAAGAAAAAAAAAUCACGUGCCUGUUCCAAACACAUUCCUUACAGUGCCUGAGCCAUUUGGAGGGGCUAUAAUCAUUGGACAAGAAUCCAUCACCUACCACAACGGUGAUAAAUAUUUGGCUAUAGCCCCACCCAUCAUCAAGGUGAGUACAUGUUUCUCUUUGAAAUAUAUUUUGUUUAAAGCUGGAAGUACCAUCCACUAUGUGUGUGAAUGUGGUAUGGUUUACUGUAUUGGUUACCGCAAAAUUGGAUGGGGGGAUAUUUUUAUGAACCUACCUGUGUUGAAAGCCUUCUUUCCCAUGAUUUCUGAGGUUUGCUGUAGAAAGGUACAAGUAUUUGCCUAUCUUGAAUGCUUUGCUUGCCCUCUGAGAGCCCUCUGAUCAGUCCAUAAAGCACUGCUGUCAAUCAAAUCAGUUCUCUUUGACUUUUGUGAUAUGGGCAUGUAGCUAGAUAGUAUGUGAUGUUGUCACAAUCAGUAUGUGAUUCCUGAUUAAGGAAAGUAGAGGCAUUUCCUAACUAAGCAGGAGAUAGGGGAAUGAAUGACAGUGAGCAUUUUUGAAAAGGGGAAAUAUUUCCCUUCCCUUUCACAAAGCACAAUUUUCCACACAGAAAUGGAAACAGGUGAAUUGGCACAGUCUAGAUUGUGUAGUUUUAAAGCAGCUUUACAGAACCUUGAAGGGGCAGCAUAUGCGAGACUCAUCAGGUGGUAUCUCUGUUGGCCUCAACACAGCAACCUAUGGUAAACGCAACAGUCGAGAAGUGAAAUGUAAUGGCCUGUCAGUCAAGAUUGCUACAACUAAAGUACUCUCUACCAAUAAUAGCUGUGGUAACACAAGAAGGAUAAGACCAGGAUAUUUUAUGUUAAGCGAUGCUUUUAGAUUUUUCACUUUCUUUAAAGCUUCCCAAAUGCUUUAGACGCCGUUUUUAGGAGGAAAUCAAAGUAUUCAAAGAGCAGUUCAGUGUAAAUGCCAUCUUGGUUCUCUGAAGAGUUCUAAAUAAUGCCUCUUUUGUGAAACAGCAAAGUACAAUCGUAUGUCACAACCGUGUGGAUCCAAAUGGGUCUCGUUACCUUCUGGGGGACAUGGAAGGCCGCCUCUUCAUGCUACUACUGGAGAAGGAGGAGCAGAUGGAUGGUGGCAUCAGUCUCAAGGACUUGCGUGUGGAGCUUCUUGGAGAGGUAGUUCUUAUUCCUUCCUCCCAUUUCUGGGGCAUUUGGUGUGAAACAAAUUGGCAAAGCCAUUUGGGCAGUUAAAGUGAAGGUGGAGAAAGAACCCCUAGCAAAGAUUGACAGCUUGAAUCUUUCUCCAAACACUAACUUUCAGUGCUGUCUCGUAAAGCAUUUGCACCCAGCUUGCCCUAAGAAACCCAAGCAGUGCUGUGUUCAGGUGUUACCUAAAGAAUUGUCUUAGAGAAUCAAUAAAUGUAGGAUUUCCCUCAGUCGUGACUCUCUGUCUCUGUGAGAGGAUUUGUCACAGAUCUAAUUGUGCUUUCAUUUCUUAGUUUUGUUUUAUUUAUUAUAACAUUUGUAUCCCAGUCUUCCUCAAAUGAGCUCUGAGUAGUGUGUUCAUCUCACAAAAAUUCCUUGAGGUAGAUUAGGCCAAGAAAAGAGUCCAUGCUUUUCCAAGGCUGUCCACCAAGUUGUAUGGUCACGAGGAUUUGAAUCUUGGUUUCCUCUAGAAGACCUCCAGGUUCUGUCUGCAGCACCACACUAGCUUAUGUUUCAGAACCUGAUGACUGGCACUUCUUUUCAUUUGUUGUAAAAUAUAAGCAGAUUAACAAAGUAUUUUUAAAGUUGUAUUCCACCUUGAGGGCCCCUUGGGGCAGAACAAUAAUUUUGAAAUACUUUUAAUAAGUAGUAAUUAACUGCAUAAGUAAAUGUUUUAAAAAGACUUACUUUUUCUGUAUUUUAUUCUCAACUAGACAUCCAUUGCUGAAUGCUUGACUUAUUUAGAUAAUGGCGUUGUGUUUGUUGGCUCUCGGCUUGGGGACUCCCAACUUGUGAAGGUAAAAUGUAGCCCUCAGUGAACCUGUGAAUUUUUCACCUGCAAAUAGUUGCUCAGCUGUAUUCUACCAGAUGUAUAUUUAAAUGCUAUGGGCGGGUGAACACUAAAUUUAUUUCUACCAUCUCUUGGAGCUCUGUGUAGUAUUUUUGGCAGGCUCUGUUCUAUUUUUGUUUUCUUGAGAAAUUUAAUCUUAUUUUCAUUCCUAGCUCAACGUAGACAGUAAUGAGCAAGGUUCAUAUGUUGUCGCCAUGGAAACCUUCACCAAUCUUGGCCCCAUUGUGGACAUGUGUGUGGUAGAUCUUGAAAGGCAAGGCCAAGGGCAGGUAAAUUUUGGUUCUUCCCUAUGAAAUGUCUGACCUCACUAGGAGCGGCGUUUUGUGUACUUUUAAAAAUAAUGCUGCAUUUUAAUCUCAUCUUUCCUAUUAAGUUAUUCAGAGGAAUAAAUGUGGUCCUCCCUCAUUUUAUCCCCAGAACAACCCUGUAUGGUGGGUUAGGUUGAUAAACAGCCCAUGAUCUAGCCCAUGAUCAUCCUGUGGCUAAACAGAACUUUGAACAAGGGUCUGACAUGCUAUCCUUACGUUGCAUGAUUUUAGAGGAAACUUUCCCUUUUAUUCUCUGUCCUUUGUAAAGGUCUUUGGCUAUAUACAAUAAAAAUGUACUUGACCAUGACAUGCUAUCCAAUGGGCAUCACAGUGUGCUCAUACACCUAUUGAGGCCCCAUGCCCUUCCCAGUUUUUAAUUAAAAAAGAAUUUUGGGGGGGGGGUCCCUUUGCAGGCAAGGGUUGCCUCCUUUUUUGCCACUUUUUGUUUUUGUUUUAAAGGAUCUAGGGGUUUUGGUAUGUUUUUUGUAUGGUGGUGGUAGGUGAGGAAUUUCUGACCAUCGCCAGAUUUACUUCUGUGAAUAGGUGUCUUGUGUGCACAUGACAGUUUCUUAGGUUUCCAAAUGUGACCCAGGGCACUGUCUAGUUAAUCUGAUGAUAGAUUGAAAAUUGUUGCUCCUCUCCAGCCAUGAAUGUGCUAAAGUAGAGAGACAAUUUCAGAGAACUUUAACUUAGCCCCUUAAGUAGUGGGUCCAUUUUGGAAAUAUAUUUUAUUUCCUACAGUAUGGUGGCAGGCUGUAAUAUAUUGUCUCCCUUCAGAGAUUUGCUUAAAUGCCUCUCUGGUAGAUUGUAGGAAAAGCUUCCUUAUCUUCAGGAACUGAAUUGGAUUAAAUGCAAUGUCUGUUACCCAUUUAAUAUGGCCAUUAUUAAUGUCAGAGUGUUUUAAUGGCUGUUCUCUGCUUUCCCCAGCUGGUUACUUGCUCUGGUGCUUUUAAGGAGGGCUCUCUGAGGAUCAUCCGGAAUGGAAUUGGGAUUCAUGAACAUGCCAGCAUUGAUCUCCCAGGGAUUAAAGGUGUGUCAUCAUGAUAUAAAUUAAUAAUUUGUGGCACUCUCUGAAGUGAGGAUAAUGCAUAUAGCUCAAAGUGUUUUGAGCAAUAUGCCAAUGUUGUCACAUAGGAAAUUUUGUGAAUUAGCUUUUCACGCUAAAAAAAAAGCAAACACAUGAUUCUAGCCCUCAUGGGUGUCUAGAAAAGAUUAGAAAAUGGUGGACAAGUGGUUAGUGAAGACUUACAGAGGAGGCUGGCAGGUUUUGGGUAAAUAAGAUUGUAUAUUUCAAUGCUUUUCUGUUCCUUCAAGUUUCAAGUUGCCUUUCUUUACUCUUCUUUCUUUACCUUCUGUAUCAUGUUCUUUACCUUUGUUCUGUAUUCUGUAGAGGCUAAAAUCUUAGACUGGGAGAAGAUUACAUAAUGGUUUGUAUAAUUUAUUCUAGCCUAGAACUGAGAAUAGUUGGCACAGGGUAAACACUGUAUGGUGCUUUAGAAGUAGUGAGGCAGGAGAACGUGCCGGCUUGGCCCUUCGUGAGUUACGAGAUCCCUUGGUCUUUUGUGUUCUCUUGAUAAAAUAUCUUUUUAUGUCUCUGCACUGCAGGAUUGUGGCCUCUGAGGUCAGACUCACACCGUGAAACUGAUAAUACCUUAGUGCUGUCUUUUGUGGGGCAAACCAGGUAGGAGAAAUGCUGAUGUUUUGUAGGGCUGAGAGUUGAAAAUUUGUAUGUCUUUGCUGAUAAUUUUGACCAGGUCUUCCUGCAUUUUGCAGGGUUUUGAUGUUGAAUGGGGAGGAAGUAGAGGAGACUGAAUUGACAGGAUUUGUGGACGAUCAGCAGACCUUUUUCUGUGGCAAUGUAGCCCAUCAGCAGCUAAUCCAGGUAAGAAGCAAGUGUUUCUUGAUAAAACCUUUAAAGUAGGAGUGGCUAACUUCCCACCCUCCGGUUGUUGUUGGACUACAGUUCACAUUAUCCAUUGGCCGUGCUGGCUGGGCUGAAGGGACCUGAAGGGCAACAUCUGGAGGGCAACAAGUUAGCCACCACUGCUUUUAAAGUAUGCAUCCUAUCAGGAGUGAAAUAUCAGGACUGUGAUGCAUGGACAGAGGCCUAAAAACAACUUUCCUUUGAGUCGGAAAGAGAUACCUGUUUUUGUUUCUUUCUUUAGAUAACAUCUGCCUCAGUACGGCUUGUCACUCAGGAGCCCAAAGCCCUUGCAAGUGAAUGGAAAGAGCCAAAUGGGAAGAACAUCAGUGUGGCUUCCUGUAACAGCAGUCAAGUGGUGGUGGCUGUGGGGAGAGUGUUGUACUAUCUAGAGAUCCACCCCCAGGAACUCAAGCAGAUAAGGUGCAUGUGAACUGCAGCUGGGACAUUUUGUGCUGACUCUCUUAGACUCACUGUAAUACUGACAUGUUUCCUCCUUGUCAGCUGCACAGAGAUGGAGCAUGAAGUGGCCUGCCUGGACAUCACUCCCCUGGGAGACACCAGUGGCAUGUCCCCUCUGUGUGCUAUUGGCCUUUGGACUGACAUCUCAGCCCGUAUUCUUAAGCUGCCCUCGUUUGACCUCUUACACAAGGAGAUGUUGGGAGGAGGUAUGAGCGGCUUGUGUGUUUUCUAUAUUGGGAAAGGCAAAUACUGCUAAGGGCAAUCUGAACGAACUCUGUUCCACUUUCUGCAGAGAUCAUCCCACGUUCCAUUCUGAUGACCACUUUUGAGAAUAGCCAUUACCUGCUUUGUGCCCUGGGAGAUGGGGCUCUCUUCUACUUUGGACUGAACAUUGAGACAGGUGAGGUUUUAGGCUCCUCCUCCUCAAACUUUCUUUCUCUGUAACAUUUAUUUUGAGGGCCAACUUGGAUACAACAUCCAGAGAUUUGUGAUCAGGUAUGUUGCCAUUGUUAUUGAAGGUGACAACUGCUGCCAAACAGUUCAACCAUUUCCCUUUACGCCAUUUCCGGGUGACCCAGAAACUGCAAUUAAUCCAGAAUACGGCAGCUAGACUGGUGACUGGGAGUGGCCGCCGGGACCACAUGACACCAGUCCUGAGAGAUCUGCAUUGGCUCCCAGUACAUUUCCAAGCACAAUUCAAAGUGUUGGUGCUGACCUUUAAAGCCCUAAACGGCCUCGGUCCCAUAUACCUGAAGGAGCGUCUCCACCCCCAUCGUUCAGCCCAGACACUGAGAUCCAGCGCCGAGGGCCUUCUGGUGGUUCCCUCAUUGCGAGAAGUGAGGUUACAGGGAACCAGACAGAGGGCCUUCUCGGUAGUGGCGCCCGCACUGUGGAACGCCCUCCCUUCAGAUGUGAAGGAAAUAAGCAGCUAUCUUCUUUUUAAAAGACAUCUGAAGGCAGCCCUGUUUAGGGAAGUUUUUAAUAUUUAAUGCUGUAUUGUUUUUAACACUUGAUUGGAAGCUGCCCAGAGUGGCUGGGGAAACUUAGCCAGAUGGGCGGGGUAUAAAUAAUAAAUUAUUAUUAUUAUUAUUUUCAAUCAUGUACAUUAAAUCAUCCCCAAAAUGGUGCAUGCCCCGUAGAGCAUGCAAAUACCAGUACACUAUGUGUAUGUUGGCCCCAAUGGGGGAAAGAGUUUAAACAAAGAAAGCAGCAUGCAGGGAAAGGGUUAACACACACACAACACCCUGACUCUUACCCAGAUUCUCUUCUCUCCCACACACUUUUAUCUUAAAACAAAGAAACACAGCGGGUGUCUAAUUGCAGAUGUUCUGUUCCUAGAAUCUGGUUUGGCCUUGAGAAUAGAACAUUUGGGAGAUUCUCCCCCAAAAGACUGCAAUCUACUCAGGAUAUCUAUACUGAGAGACUGUUGUCCGCUUCUUUUGGGCAGCUGUUUUAAGGGAAUCUUUCUGCUUUCUGUCUGGAAUGGAUUUCUGUGGAAAGUGAAAAGACACAGUGGUCUUGAUACUCUUUAGCCAAGUGAGAGAAUUUAGUAGGUUAAUCUGCAUGUGGUGGACAAACAGCAGUCACACUCCUGCUAGUUGAUUUCCCCCCUUGCUUUCUCUUGGUAGGUAACCUCUCAUGCUAUACUUUCCCACAACAGGUUUGUUGAGUGAUCGUAAGAAAGUGACACUGGGAACCCAGCCCACUGUUUUAAGGACCUUUCGCUCCCUCUCCACCACCAAUGUGUUUGCCUGCUCUGACCGCCCGACUGUGAUAUACAGCAGCAACCACAAACUGGUCUUCUCCAAUGUCAAUCUUAAGGAGGUGAACUACAUGUGCCCUCUCAACUCAGAUGGGUAUCCUGACAGGUGGGUGUGCUCUGUUUCUCCUCUUUAAUUUGCCUAUUUUCCACAGAGCAUGCACGCUACCUCCCUGCUCAGCCCUACUUGAUAUGUGGACAUGGCAGUUCCCUUGUGGCUGUUUCAGAGUGAGUAUAUGGUAGCAAUGAACACUGGCAACACGCAAUCUUCUGGGUCUGCCUGCUUAGACAAUAUAGAGAUCAUAAAGCUAGCUCUUUUUGCUUUCAAAAUCUGGUAUUGAAGCAAUAGCAAAAUAGCAAAGCAGUCUUCUAAAUGAUGAGCAAAAAGUAAUCCUUUACAACAGAGUUAUUCACUUGAGUGUGAAGGAGACGGCUUUUUGAUUUCCUGUUCCUUCUCUUCUCCUUUAAACUUCUGAUAGGUUCCCCUGCUUUUAAAUGAACUGCCUCUGAUUCCUCCCACAGCCAGUUUAAAAUAUUCAGAAAGCAAUUGGAAAUUAUGCAGUUACUGGGGGUGUUGUGGAUGGAUUAUUGUUUUGUUUGUUAUGUUAUGUAUUUGUAUGCUUUUUUCUUCUUCUGUACACCACCCUGUGAUCCUUGGAUGAAGGGCCAUAUAAAAAUUUAAUAAAUAAUAUCUCCCCCCCCACCCCCGCUCAUCAGAGGAACCUUAGUUCACCCCAUAUUGGAAUAAAUCACCUGCGUUUUCAACAUCUAACUGUAUGUUACCUGAAAUCAUUAUUCAUCCUAUAAUACCACUGACUGAUUCUGGUGUUUUUUAAAUCUUUCAUUGUAUUCAUUCAAGUUGAUAAGUAACCAGGAGUGCCUGGUAAGCUACUCCUUAGUGUUUUGCAUCAUUUAUUCUGAAAUGGGGCUGAUAGUUCAUAAACUAAUUUUCUUCAGAAGUGGGGAGAAUACAGUGAUGAGGUGGAACAGGCAGUGAGGUUGGUGUUUAUGCCUCAGCAUUGUGUGUGCAUAUGUUCUCUUUUCUGUGGCUUUCCAAAGGAAGUUUUGGAAGCUAAAAAGACAGGUCCUUCAUGUUGAUGGGGAAUACUUUUGGGAGAAGAGAAGGAAUAAACUUGGUGUCAAUACCACAGUCAUUCUGCCUUUGCACAAUCAUCCCCCCAUAACAGGUUUAUCUAUCAUGGGGAAAUGGUGGCCCUUCAUAUUUUCUUUGAUUCAUUGACACCAGCUAGCAUGACCAGUGGUCAGGGGUGAUGGAAGUUGAAGUCCCAUAUGUUCCGCAUCCCUAGUCUGCGUUAUCAAUGCAAGGAUUGUCUUCCACUCCCUGCACAACCUUCCUUCCCCUGCCUCUUACUAUCCACAUGCUAUAUUUGUUCCUGAUGCCUGUGUAGGAAGUCCUUGGUAAAGCAAUAAAUCUCAUUUAACACAUAUUACUUCUUUUGCUAUGAUACUUACCUUUUUAACUUACUGCAAGUCUUGGUAGGAUAAAUACCGACACUGAUUCAUUUCUUAAACUGUGGGUUAUUUUAUUGCUUUAGUUAGCUAUGUGGAUAGGAACCCUAGAUUCAAGAGGCCCUAUGUGUAGUGCUGGAAGAACAAUUUUUUAAAUUUAAAGUGAAAUGCCUUAUUUGUCCUUAUUUUGCAGCCUGGCUUUAGCCAACAACAGCACUUUGACCAUUGGCACCAUUGAUGAAAUUCAGAAGUUGCACAUCCGCACUGUUCCCCUUUAUGAGUCACCCAGGUGAGCAAAGCGAGAAAAGAGUAUCUCCAGGGGCUCUAAUAGAGAGGUUUUAGGGGUGGGAUAGGGUGAUAUCAUUUCUGUCUGCAUUCCUGUGACAAUGUAGAAAGCAGCAUAGGUAGGAGUGUAUUAGUAGUUGUAGCUUUGUUUAUUCUUGCCUUACCUAUGUGUCCCUUUUUGUCAUGCAGGAAGAUCUGUUAUCAAGAAGUAUCUCAGUGUUUUGGCGUACUCUCCAGUCGCAUUGAGGUUCAGGAUGCUAGUGGAGGCACCACUGCACUGAGACCCAGUGCAAGCACCCAGGUGAAAGGAACUUCCUUGCAGAUACCUCUCUGCAAUAUGCCAUGCAAGCAGCUGGCAUUGGUAUCAUGAUUUCUUGCAGCUACAUCAGAGGGAAUUUAUUUUGCUUAGCAUUCUGAUCAUUCCUGCUUUUGUGAGAUUGAGUGCUUUUAGCAGGCUAGUCUUGUCUUUUCCUUGCACAAUAGUCUGAAUUUGAGUGGGGCUUUUGAAUUCAAUGUCUCUGUUUUAUGUUAGGAACAAAUAUUUUGGGCUGCUCAACACAUUGAGGCACCUCCAGUUAUUCAAACGUUGUUCUCCUAGUUUUCUAGUGUCAAAAUGUCCUGGGGAUCUGCUCAUAACUUUACUUAAGUUUCUCCUUUUUAUGAGCAGAUCCCCAGGGCAUUUUGACCCGUCUUCUAGGCUAAUUUCCAAGUGCCUCUUCAGUAAACAGGAAACCUGGCAAUACAGAUCUGCUGCUUAAUUCUCCCUGACCCUUUCCAUUGCCUUCUUCCCCUCCAAUCCGUAUAUGGUCCUAUUCUUCAUAAGCUUGGUGUAUCUUGAUCUCUGAUGUAUGUUCAUGGUCAGAAGGAAAGGAUACCCUUGCCUGAUUCAUUGGGGUUAGGUUACUACCGUUUCCAUGGCCUCCAGAAGUAGUUUGAAAGAGUUAUUCUUCCCUUCAUGUUCCAGGCCCUCUCCAGCAGUGUGAGUUCCAGCAAGUUGUUCUCUAGCAGCACAGCCCCACAUGAGACCUCAUUUGGUGAAGAGGUAGAGGUGCACAACCUACUCAUCAUAGAUCAGCAUACAUUUGAAGGUAAUCCUCCUCUGCUACUAAUUUCCCUUAUGAGAAGUCUGCUUUUUGAGAGGCACUUAAGCAUGUGAAAAGGGACUGGGAAGGGUAACUUGGAAGCACAUGCUGGCAUGAGAAUGUGCUGAACAGACAUUUUUUAAAGUUUCAUAGUUACCUAUGUCUAACUAGAUGCUCCAGCUGAGCUUUCUCUCAUUUUUUCACUUUUUUGUCUUCAGUUCUUCAUGCUCACCAGUUUCUGCAGAAUGAGUAUGCACUAAGCCUCGUCUCCUGCAAGCUGGGCAAAGACCCCAACACAUAUUUUAUUGUGGGCACAGCUAUGGUGUAUCCUGAUGAGGCCGAACCGAAGCAGGGGCGUAUUGUGGUAUUCCACUAUUCUGAUGGUAAGAGUUGGAGGUUUGAAUCAGAUUUUCAUAUUCCCCCAAGGGGCUUGAUGAGCUUGAUUGUGAUCUCUGCUUCUGCAUACUUUUUAAGGCCCUCUGGAUAUUGCUGUUUUUGCCUGCAGAAUUGUCUCUUGCUUAUGAGAGGUUUUAGCUUCCAGGGUCUUCUAUUGUAAAAGUCUUGGACACGGUUUUCAAUGUUAUAAGAACUGCCUUAAUUGCUUCAAGUGGGGAAAAAUAAGCAUAUCAGGGAAACCAUUUCUUAAAAUCACAGCUUCCUGCAAUGACAUGAAUUCAUUGCAACUUGUUGCCAUUUUUGAGCAGCUUCUUGACCUAUCUUGUCUCUCCCAAUCGUCAGUAGGGAAUACUUUAGGGAGAUUGCAUGGGUAAUACUAUUUUAAUGUGUUGUUGAGAAUAAUUUUGAGUGACAUGUGUACAAAUAAAGUGACAAUAGUUAUAUGCUAACUGUGCCACAGAAGGAUUUUUUUUCCUCGGAGAAAUGAAAGCUGUUGAUGAAAUUAACUGUGAAGGUGUUAUGUUGGACGAAAAAGACAAACAACAUAUUAAAAUCAUGAAUCUGAAUAAAAUGUCAAGCACUGUUGUUGAUCCUUAGUGACAUGCUAUUUUAGUGUUGCAAGAGUGGGAUAGAACAUUCAGAGAGGCAGAGAAAUAGCAAUCACCGUAGCAGUUCCCAUCCCAACAAACACCAAUGCCAUACAGGGCUAGGCCUCUUCCCACUUCAGAGACCUCAUGUUUCUUAUACAGUGAAGUGGAAAGAAUUUGGUCUAAGCAAUGGAGGAGGCUGCAUCUUAUGGCACAGACCUUCCUACUCUCACCACUAAACUGUGCCUAUAGUGAAACAUUAAGCACAUGCAUUCAUGCAGCGCUUCCAAGGCCAGUCUAUCAUAGAACUGUAGAGUUGGAAGGGACCCUGAGGAUUAUCUAAUCCAACCCCCUGCAAUGCAGGAAUAUGCAGCUGUCCCAUACGGGGAUCUAACUUGUAACUUGGUGUUAUCAGUACCAUAAUAAUGCUCUGGCUAUAGCUAAGUCUAGCUACUCAUUGAGAUGUGGGCAGCACAUGCCCUUUUUAAGUACUGUUGUAUUGAUGUGUAUCCUAGGUAAAUUGCAGAGUCUGGCUGAGAAAGAAGUGAAAGGAGCUGUUUAUUCCAUGGUGGAAUUCAAUGGAAAACUCUUAGCUAGCAUAAACAGCACGGUAAGGCUUCCAAGAGCUUUCGCAUCCAUGUCUUUCAGGGCUGGGGUUAUUUGAGCAGGAGUGCACCUGACCCUGUUGUGAUGUCCCUGGCUCUAUCUCAGCUGUGACAUACACCUUUCUGUUCUGCCAGGUGCGGCUAUAUGAGUGGACAGCAGAGAAGGAGCUUCGCACCGAAUGCAAUCAUUACAACAACAUCAUGGCCCUCUACGUGAAGACGAAGGGAGACUUCAUCUUAGUUGGAGAUCUAAUGCGCUCUGUCCUUUUGCUUGCCUAUAAGCCCAUGGAAGGGAACUUUGAAGAGGUAUUGAUUAUGGCUGUUACCUUAUUGAGUACAGCAGUCAAGAGGCCCUCAUAAAGAGCUUCAGAAAAGAAAAUAACAUUUGACAGGAAUAGGGGCAGCUUUUCAUGUCUUUUGGCCACGGUGUUCUCAUGACAGCGCAUUAAGGGGAGGAGUUUUGAACUUGACUUGUCAAGCCUACUUGACCAAGGCUGGCCUUAUCACUGAGUAGUGUAAGAUGUGUGCCUGAGGCUGCAGAUGUUUGGAUUUCAGUCUUUAAAGGCAACUAAAUUGUCAAUUUAGUGUGUGCUUAUUAUUGGAAGGGAGGCAUCAUACGAACUUUCCACCUCAGGAGCCAAGUAUCUUUUUUUUUUUUUAUGAAUAAUUUUUUAUUAACCGACCAAUCACAUCAAAUCAAACCAAAUUACAUAAAUUCCAAAUUACACAGCCGAAUUUUAAAUUUUUGUUGGGGGUACCCAUAUUUCAAGUUCGAAGGGAUCCAAUCAACUUCUUGCUUCUUACUGCUGUUUUAAUGUCCACAAAUCUAACCUUAUGAUGUUCACAGUACUAUCCAGUCCUUUCUUAUUAUUUUUCCACAUCUCUUGCUGUUAUUUUCAUAUAUUUUUCCUUUCUCUUUGUGACCUCUGAUAGUCUCCGCAAGCUGGUUAGAACAGUUUGUAAUCCUGCGUGGAUAUUUUUUUUUAUCCAGUAGCCAUAUCCAGACGUUUUCCAUAUAACAUCACUUCCAUACAUCAAAACAGUCUUAGCGUCAUUAAUCUUCACCAAUCUGCCUCCUUUCUCAAAACCUCUGAGGAGAUUCACUAGGAAUGCAGUCUGAAAACAAGUCCGUUCUUCCUCCCGGCUAUAAAUCCUUUGGCAAGAUGGCGACUCCGAAUUAAUUGCUGCGCCAUUCCUAAAAGCUCUUAUUGCUUCUCGGUCUCCAUAAAGCAUACUUUUGGUUAAAGUUUAUCUCCACACAGACCUUAAUCAUCCUGCUUGGGUCAGUUCAACCGACGGUUCUAGUGAGGAGGAGUUCUUGUAAAUCACAUAGAAGGAAAGUAAAAAAGGUUCCCCCCCCCCCAUUCAGCCCCGUUGUCAGCAUACCCCGCCUUUGGUGUAUCUUCAUCGUAAAAUAUUCCUGUUUCUCCAGCCCGUCGUCUUCUUUCGCAGAGGUCACUUAAAUUAGCAGACUUCACUCCCCUUCUUCACUUGAAAUAUGUGCAUUUGCUUCUUUUGUAAUUAAUUAUUCCAAAUUGCUGCAACUAGUGCGCGAUCAGAGACAGUGUCCAGGAGAGCCGAGGUCCACACGGGGGCAUUCUGCCUAGGGCCCUCACCCCCCUUCUUUCGAAUUAGGGGUGAUUUAUGGGCACAGCAGGCAAGGGCAGUGUUCCCCAUUUCCUUGGGGCAACAAGGGAGGCUGCCUACUCCCAUAACAGCCUCUUAAUUACCCCUUGUGGGUCGGAGAGAUGGUAUUGUCGGCCAUCUUCCAAUGUGCCCCCUAGUGGCCCCCCAGGAGCCAAGUAUCUUAGGCUGACUGGCCCUUUUCAUUUCACCCCAUAUUCAAGGCUGUUUGGAGUUCAAUACUGGCCACAUUUGUGAAAUGAAUAAAUAUUUGUGUAAAGAUGAUUAACAGUAGCUUAGAAUUUUCUGCCUGAGGCAGAGAUUGGAACCACAUACUUACAUGCAUUCAUAAAUGCAUAUACUGCUGAGGCUGGUUUCUUCCACACAAGGUCUUUCUUGAUCCUAUAGCUACAGUGCAGUUUUGAUUGUGCUAGGAACAUAAUGAAUUUCAACAGCAAAUGACCUAUCCUUCCCUUUUAGAUCGCUCGUGACUUUAAUCCAAACUGGAUGAGUGCUGUGGAAAUUUUGGACGAUGACAACUUCUUAGGGGCAGAGAAUGCAUUUAACUUGUUUGUGUGCCAGAAGGACAGGUGAGAUGCCUCCCCAAAAGGAUGGAUUGAAGCAGCAUGCAUGUGGCAACUACACCUGGGAAUUGAGGUGUGGUGGUUGCCCUGUCAUUUCUCCUAGCUGAUUUUCUGUGUUGCAGUGCUGCCACAACUGAUGAGGAGCGCCAGCAUCUGCAGGAGUUUGGGCUGUUCCACCUGGGGGAGUUUGUCAAUGUCUUCUGUCAUGGGUCUCUGGUCAUGCAGAAUCUGGGCGAAACAUCCACACCAACACAGGGCUCGGUCCUUUUUGGCACAGUCAAUGGAAUGAUUGGUAAGGUUAGAGCCAGCCAGGGACCUUCUAUCUCUCCAUGUAGUAAUGAAAAAUGUCCCAUUCACUGUUUGCUGAUAUGGAAUAUGGGGAUGGGGUGGGACACUGCUAACUUGGAGUUUUAGUAAAAGGAAUUGAAGUAAUAGAGACCUUGGUUGAAGAAUAUACAUGCACUAUCUGAACACAAUGCGUUCCCAGGAAAUUGUUCAUUUGCAUAACAAGCUGAUGGUUUCCAUUAUUUCCUAUCGGAACAUUUAUAAUCUGUGAUUUGUCUGCUCCCCCUCCCUCCCUGGUUUAUGUCUCAAACUGCUGUAGCCAACCAGCAAAAGACAAACAAAGGAAAAACUGCUGCCUGUCUAAUCCCUCCUGCUCCCUGAAUUGUCCGAUCUUUCUCCCUCCCUCCCUUGCAGUUCAGCUUUUAAAUUAGGCAGCAUCCUCAAAGUCCUUAGGUGGAGAUUGAAAUGAUAACUCUUGAAUACUGUUUGAAAAUAUCAUUUUAACAGUUGUCCUUCUCCAUAGGACUGGUGACUUCGCUGUCAGAAAGCUGGUAUAAUCUCCUGCUGGAUGUGCAGAACCGACUUAACAAAGUCAUUAAGAGUGUAGGAAAGAUCGAACACUCCUUAUAUCCUUUUUUUGUCUCACCAUUGCCCUAUUCAUUGUGCAAAAUGCUUAAGAAUACUAUGUCAUAAAUUCCACGCAUACUGAACCAGAGCAGAUUCCAGCGUAUGGUUAACAGAGUAAAAGAACUUAAACACGUUGCAGUAUUCCCCCCAAAAUAGACUAGAGGCAAUUAAUCUUUCAUCCAGCAGAGCUUUACUGCUACUGAAGGUAAAUGAGCAUAAUGGUCACAAAUCCAAUACAUUCAGGAUUGGCCCUGUCCAUAAGAAAUCCAGUUGCAGCUGACUUAACUUAAACUUACAAUAACUUAUAGUAAGACUAAACCUUAACACUAAGUAUGCUAUAUACAGAGCAUCACACCAGAAGGAAAGAGAGAUAGAAAAGCGUGAAACCCAGGCGCCUACUGGCCUUAUUAUAUAGUCAGCAUGACCUUGACAGAAAGAGGUAACAGAACCAGUUUAAGCCAGCUGUACUCAGCUUCUCUGAAUAACCGAAACAUCAUGAACCUUCUGCUUGUUUCUUUCACACCGAGAAGCUUCCAGAACCCUCUUGAAUUAAUUAGAAUAGGAAAGAUCUCUACACACCAGAUCAGUACUUUCUGUACCAAGAAAUGCAAACUGACAUACUAGACGCAGUACAAGGAUAUUUUUAAAAGGCUGGUCCCUGCCUACAGACAACACAUAGCAAUAAAUGAAAGUAUGGGGAGGGGAGGAAGGGAAGGGAAGGGAAGGAGCAUGAAUGUAAUCUGAACCCCAAAUGACCAACACAGUUAAAAGAAUGGAAGAGGAGAAAGGAGUUAAAAGAGAUGUGUGUCGAAGAGAGAGAUCUAAAAAUCUUUCAAAGGAAGAUGAACAAAGUGAACAUCACAUGACAGGGCAGUCCAAGCAUAGAUAGCAACCAGAGUUAAAGAUGAGGAAUGACAAAAAGGAAGCCUUAACUAAGAGAGGAGUGGAGUGCAAUGAAUAAGAUAAAUGUAGAAAGACGUUAUGUAUUUUUUAAAGUAGGGUUAUAUUUUUUUCUUGAUUUUACUGUCUUUUUGUAUACUGCUUUGAGGUUUGUUUGUUUUUUACAAUCAAGCAGUGUAUAAACUUUAUGAAAUAAAUAAGAUGGUAGCUGCAAAAAGCUUUCUGCAGACCACAGUGAUUGAUUGGGUAUUUAAGGAGUGAUACAAUCUUUUAGGUGUCCCAAUUAAUUAUAGGAAGGUCAGUUAAUGUUACACUGCACCACUUUUGUCAUGUGUUUACUCAUGCCAUUUUUGUUCGUGAAGAGCAUGAGAAUCUGUAAGAGUUAGUUCUUUUAAGGCUGGUGUUGCCGAAUGGUUUGUUUCCUUGAUUCAUGACUGUACCUGGAGAUCAUUUCAUACAGAACGCAAGACAGAGCCAGCUACAGGAUUUAUUGAUGGGGACUUAAUUGAAAGCUUUUUGGACAUCAGCCGACCCAAGAUGCAAGAAGUUGUGGCUAAUCUACAGGUAGGAUGGGAAAACUAAUCACCUGUUAGAAGUUCUUGGGACAGCCUUUCUCAUUGUUGAGAGGCCAUAAUGUUGUGCUCACUAGCAUGGGAGCAAAUACCAUUAAACUUGGUGAGUCUUCGUUGUUUUUGUUAGCGUACGUAGCAUUGCCCCAAUAAGAAACUAAGAAGCGGUAUACGCCUUCACUGUUGUUUCCACAGGUGGCUUCUGACGCCUCUUUUUGUUUCAGAUUGAUGAUGGCAGUGGAAUGAAGAGGGAAGCCACAGUGGAUGACCUGAUCAAGAUUGUGGAAGAGCUCACCCGUAUCCACUAGCUGGAUGAGGAGAUACUUUGCAGCUCCUUCCUCCGUGCUAGCGUAUGGAGUCUUUCCCACCUGCAGCUGGGGUCCCUAGCCAGUUGCCCUGUAACACUUUAGAGGCAGUAGCAACGCGCCUGGGUGAAAGUGGGGAAUCUCUCUGAACUGAAGCCAUCUCGCUAGGGACUUGUGGAUGCAAUGUUGGCUGUGGAUGACAUAAGGUUCUGCUUGGAUUCACCAACCCAGUACUGGUCUCAGCCAGUUGUUCCCAUUGAGUAACGGCUAGCAGUUGGCAAAGGUGCGCCCCCUACCUAGACUCUUCCCACAGCUCAUUCACCGUUGUCUUUUAGUAUCUUUUUUGGAUUUUUUUUGUUGUUCCUUGUGUUUUGAAGUGGGAGUCUUUUUUUCCUCUUCAUCUAUUUGGCUAGAUGGCUGUGUCUGGUGUUGGGGAGAUGGGAGUUGUGCCUGUCUGGGUAGGGAACUCAAGUGGGUCGAAGGCUGCUCUUCCCCUGGGCCUUUCUGCUCAUUCAGGGAGAAGGGGCUGGAAAACAAAAACAAAAAAAAUUUCUGUUGUUGGUUUUGGAAUUUUACCAAAUAAAAGUAGUCCAAGAGGAAAGGUUUGGCUGUCAUAAUCUCCCCCACUCUACUUCAGUAUCUCUAUCAGGCCAGGGGGAGAAAAUCUUACAUUUCACACGCUUGUAACACAUUGCAUUGCACACAAGAGCACGGAAGGUCUGGCAAGCUGUCCUUGAGUAUUUUACACAGAAAGGUGGAAUGUUGUUUUUUUAAUUUAUUUUUUAUUCCAUUUCAGCAAGGGUACCUGAGCUAUAGAUAUACAGUGGUACCUCAGGUUAAGUACUUAAUUCGUUCCGGAGGUCUGUUUUUAACCCGAAACUGUUCUUAACCUGAAACACCACUUUAGCUAAUGGGGCCUCCCGCUGCCGCCGCGCCGCUGAAGCACGAUUUCUGUUCUCAUCCUGAAGCAAAGUUCUUAACCUGAAGCACUAUUUCUGGGUUAGCGGAGUCUGUAACCUGAAGUGUAUGUAACCCGAGGUACCACUGUAGAGGUAGUUACCUGACCAAACUAUUGCCAGUUUCCUUAAGAAAUCCCUUUAUUUAGCUGUGUUUCCAAGUGAUGCCCACUGCAGUCUUGGAUGGCUGAUACAACAAGGUCUCAUAUGCAGACAGACUUCGUGUUUGUGGUCAACCUCAGGUGGAAGACAUCAUUCAUUAUCUGUUAGCCUGCCAUUAUAUAGAGACCCAAGAUACUGCUUUCUGAAACCUUUAUUCACACAAGCAAGCAGGAAUACUCUGGCAGAAAAUGUUUGGUUUCUUUUGAGUGACAGUAAUAGUUUUACAACACAGUGUGGCCCUCUAUACACUAGCUGCAAAAAAAAUCUGGAAAAAUGAGCUAGAUAAAAUUUCUAUGAAUUGUUGUGAUUCGUAGUAUUAAGGGUACAUAACACAAAGAUAAAACAAAAUACAACACAAAAAUGGCAGCCUAACACAGUGUUUAACAUUAAGGUUAAGCUGAGGAAAUUACAGAAAUUUCUAGUAUACAUAAAUUGAAUGUAACAUUUUUAUUCCCAUACAGCAAGAAAGCUGCUUUCAAUGAAUUAGCACCUAUGAAUCUGAUAAGAUCUAAACUGCAGUUGGGUGUCUGGAGGGCCACCUGGUGUUGGCAAAUUUAUUUUAUCAAGCCUCCAUAAACUACAAUUCUGCCUUUAUUUUUCCUGCAACACCCAAUUCCAGACUUUGUUUCACCAGUUCUCAGACAUGAGAGGAGACCUUUCUCCACUUUGGCAACUGCUAAAAGGAAUAGGAGUUAGGGUUUGUUUGUUUGUGGGCGGGGUGUGUGUGUCAGCAUCUGCAGUCAAUCCUCAGAAAACAGAAUACUGUAAUUAAUGUAAAGGUAAAGGGACACCUGACCAUUAGGUCCAGUCGUGACUGACUCUGGGGUUGCAGCGCUCAUCUCGCUUUAUUGGCCGAGGGAGCCAGUGUACAACUUCCGGGUCAUGUGGCCAGCAUGACUAAGCCGCUUCUGGCGAAACCAGAGCAGCACACGGAAACGCCGUUUACCUUCCCGCCGGAGCGGUACCUAUUUAUCUACUUGCACUUUGAUGUGCUUUCGAACUGCCAGGUUGGCAAGAGCAGGGAUUGAGCAACAGGAGCUCACCCUGUCGCGGGGAUUCAAACCGCCGACCUUCUGAUCAGCAAGUCCUAGCCUCUGUGGUUUAACCCACAGCGCCCCCCGUGUCCCUGUAAUUAAUAUAUAAAUAAUUAAAAUAUAAAUGACCAUGGGAAGAGGCAAAUGCACAGGGGCAAAUGUCAUUACCAUCUCCUUAGCUAUCAGGUUUGUGCCUUGCUCAGCUUCAGCUGUGUUGUCUGCCACUCUUGAAGACCAAAGUCGCCUCAUUAUUUUCCCCCUACACACAAAGCUAAGCACAGAGCAGGGGGAACCCUGCUGUUUGGUGGGUUUGCAGCUCUACCAAAGGAUUCUGUGCACUUGUCUUAGGGUACUGUAUACUGCAGGAGGGGUGUGUUGUCUCGCAUUUGCAGGUGGUGAAAUGAUUUACACUUCCCUGUAAUGCCCAGCUGAGGGCAGCAUGUUUCUUAAACGUCUCACAGCCUAUAAAUGGAACAGUUCCCAUCACCUGCGAUAGCAGGAAGCCAUGCCCUGUACAAAUUCUUGUGCACUUGAUGAUUGUGGCCUCUGGCUUCCCAUCGCUUCUAAAGAGAUGUCAAGACACUGUUGCUGACAGUCUGGCAGACAUUUAGCCUCAUUAUUUAUGUUUCAUUGUACAAUUCUGUUACUAAGAUGAGGUGCUAAAUCUACUGGUGCCAAAGGUUGCAAGCUUCCCGUAAAACAGCGUAUCCUUCAAAAGGUUUUCCCUUGGCGCAGGGUGUUUGGAAACGUUUCUUGUAUAAGAGAUACUGGCCGUGUAACCUUACAACAGAGCUGUAAACCUUCCUGUGUAGCAAAUGGCCAAGUUGUUUUAUAGUAAGAGCGUUCACAAAGAGCCUGGCUGCACUCCCAGAAGGAAUGAUUAAGAGAUCUGAAACUUCAGUGUUGUUAAGACUAUUACGGUCUAUUCCCAGCAGUUCUCUUGGAUUGGCCUGUAAUAAACUAACAGCAUCUCAUAGCUUU